AUGACUCAAAAAGUUGCUGAAGAAGAAGAAGAGUGGGGAAUAUGUUUCUUAGCUGAGGCUCGAACAAUAAAUGUCAUGGCUUCCAUUAACUUUGAAAAAGAUUGGAUUGAAGAUUCAGAAUACAAUGCAGUCGAUCAUGUGGAGAAGCAAGACAGUGAUGUCACCGAUAUAAAGCAAAAAGCUCUUGAAGAUGUUCAUACCAGUGAUAUGGUAACUUCUAUCGAAGAAACCAAAGAAGUAACUCCUGAACAGCUUUAUUAUAGAUUAGGUGUCUUGUGCAGAGAUAUUCUCAGUGACACAUCAUUAGCUUCAUCUUUCAACUUUCUUCCUUUAUUGCUUUUUACUUUGGUUGCUGAAAAUCUCUUCUAUGUUUUUCCCAUUCAUCCCAGCUGUAAUCGUUAUUCUCUAUUUGUUCCCUCUUCUUCGCCACUCCUCCGGCGACGAAAACCAGCUGCUCCGGCUACAACUCUGGCGAAGAAUCCCAAAACGGUCAACGCUCGCCGAAGUCCGUUCUACGGUGUGCUUCAACUUCAUUUGAUGAAUCUCAGAAUAACGAGGAAGCUUAAGCUAAGUCAUUAUCGAUUUUACCCUCCGAUAUCAGGGACAAUAAUGACAUUUCCAUGUCGAAGAACUUCUGCGAUUUACCACCGUUCAAGAGUUUCUUCCCAAAUAAUUUGUUUCAGUUCGAGAACCCGGCCCGUAAAGGACUUCUUUCAGGAUUUCGGAGAUGUAUUCGGGUCUAACCCGCUUUUGGCUCUUUGAUUUCAUCGGCAGAUUAAUCGGCGAUAAGUAUAAAUGGUUUAAUAUUCGUAAUUUUAAAAUUUAAUUUUGUGUUUAGUUUACCAGUUUUGUUUAAAUUUGUUGAUUAAUGUGAGUGAUUAGUGAGUAAUUAGUAGUAUUAAUAUGUAACAGCUCCGUCACAUUAACGGUGAUGCUGAUGGAUGAGAUUUUGCGGUACAGUGUUGUUUUGGUGUUUUGUGCUUCGUUAAUAACAAUAAACGACUUUAGCAAUUAUUAAUUAUUCACUAAUUAUUA